AUGGGUGUUCCGGCAUUCUUCCGUUGGCUCUCUCGGAAAUACCCGUCCGUGAUCGUUGAUGCUGUGGAGGAGAAAUCGCGUGAUGUCGACGGUGAAUUUGAUAAUCUUUACCUGGAUAUGAACGGCAUUAUUCAUCCGUGUACACAUCCGGAAGACCGUCCUGCGCCCAAAACCGAAGAUGAGAUGUUUGUAAGUGUACCCCUUGAACGUUGUUUUAUUUUUUGUGAAAAAUGUCAGCACUGA